GAGGAGCUGAUCGAAAAUUAUGGACAAAAAAGAAACGAAAGUGCAACCCUUGAGCCAGAGGUUCGUGUUACAAAAAGCUUAUUAAAAACUAAAUCGUUGGAUAAUGUAAUUCUAGAGCUCUGAUUGGCUUAGCCAUCAUAGUAUAUGAGCCAUUAUACCAUGCUCUCCAAAUAUGGUAACUGUACACGUCUGCUCAAAAUUGGAAACAAACUGAAAAUCGAUUGUUUUUACAAAUAAAGUCGGGAAGAAUUCUCGAUAUUUUGUGGGCGUCUUUAAUAAAACAAUUAUUCCAUUCGCACUUGUUGGGUAUAAGAUGAUUAUAGCCAACUCGGUGUUACGCUGCUUUGUUGGCUAUAAUCGUGUUAUAUCCAACGCACACUCGUGGAAUGUUUGUUAAAUACCGUAAAAUUCAAAAUAAGCCCCUCCAAAUAUAAGCCCCCAAACCGUAACGCAAAGAACCCCCCGUUAAAUAGCCCCUCCAAAUAUAAGCCCCACGGGGCUUGUACUUGAAAAUUGCCCUCAAAUACAAAGUAAAACAAAGCAAAAACGGUAAAUUCACUUCCAACUAUAAGGCUGGCCCAAUCGGUUUUGAAACGCAAAUUUCCCUCCAUAGAUAAGCCCCUCCAAAAAUAAGCCCCUCAAAAGGGCCUUUGAAAAAUAUAAGCCCUGGUGCUUAUUUUUCGAAUUUUACGGUAUUUCAUUAACUUUGCGAUCGUGUCUGUACAACGUACGUUUAUUUUUGUAUUUCAUUUACACGUUCUUUGCACAUUUUUUCCCGGUAAGGGUACGGUCGAUAGGCCGUAUCCCUCAGGAAAAGACAUAUUGGAUUAAACUCUACAAAUCAACAGCAAUCUAAUAGAUCAGAGCUGUGCAUACUGAUUACUAAACAUGUAAGUUUUCAUCAAAUAGUAAACCGUGUGCUAGAUUAAAUAAGGUUGUAUAAAAAUUAUUCUGGUAGGGUUGUAUUAGGAUAAUUUCCAAAUAAAGUUUUAAGCAGAUUCUUUAUCAUUUGCUCAGUUUUAAUUCAGGAAACAACACCCUUGGUAAUCUUACUGGUUCUAUCGUUGAACCCACUUUAAUUACUUUUCAAAGGAAUCCUCUGAGGAAACUGAUGAUAAGGAGGAGGAUGAAGAUGAUGAUCAUGAUGAUGAUGAUGAUGAUGUUUUAACUGUGGAAGAACUCAAGAAAACAGAGGGAUAUAAGUUGACAAUGAGGGGCUUGGCUACCAUGCGUGCUGAGGAAGCCCGGGACAAUAUAUCAUCAAUAUUUCUUUUAUCGUCGGUAUGUUUCCACUGUAUUAGUAAUAUCGAUUUUGUAAAGACCCUCACAUCUCGCCAAAUUCAAUUAAAAAACUAUUUGUUGCCACUGAUGAAAAAGAUCUAUGGCACCAAUUGCCAGUAUUAUACAUUGUACUCACUAUCUGCCUUCUCAUUGGCUAAGAGCCUACAGAUACUUUUGGAAAUCAGUGCAACCUACAAAUUGGGUAGUUAUCUGUUAGCAGAUAACUGACUAACCUGUAUGUAUCAAUUCAGGUUCCUUGCGAUGGUGUAUUUGUUGUCAUUUUCUUCAAAACAAUGUAUGAUAAAGCAAUUAUUAGAUUCGGUUUUUGUGAUAUCCUAAAUAAUCAAGGUCUUGGUAAGUGUUAUCAGCCUCGUCCUUCGGCUCGACUGAUAACCCUUACCUCAAGCUUCAUUAUUCUGGAUAUCACAAAAACCCCAUCCAAUAUUAUUGUUUAAAAUCAUCAUCUGAUUAAAUUAGCAAGUUUAUAAAAAUUACUAUCUUAGCAGUCCAUAAGUAAGAUAUGAUGAUUAUUUAUCAUAAAAAAGUACAUGAUCAACAUGACCCCUGGGUUCAAACCUAUUACAAUUUUUUAGUGAAUCUUGUUAAUUAAUAGUUUUGAACUGGUGAGAAAGUAGUUCGUUACUCAACCCCAAUUCAAAAGUUGUCAAUUCAUUUCUGGGAUCAGAAAUUGCUAUGUUAACAUCUUGCUAUAAGUGGAAUAACAUCUCUUUAGUUAACGAUAACAUUCAAGGAGACUUAGAGAACUUUCAGUGUUGGGCAAAUAUGAACAAAAUGGGAAUUCUUGGUUUUUUACAUGACGUCAUCAAAAUUCAAACUAAGAAACUAUCGCUUCUUCUGAGUUUCUACUUUCAUGUGAUACUAGAGCACCUUAAAACCUUUAUACAAACAACUUUCCGGUUCAAAAGGGUUCUUUGUUUUGCGAUACAGGAUGCUUAAAUUUCCAGGCAUUUGCGUGACGCAGCAUUUAGUUGGCGGCCGGGAAAGCUCUUAUGUGGGUUAAAAACAUUACAGAUUUUUGGAGAUUUUGCUAUCUAAACAUUCCUUGUCGUAGAAUAAAUAUUACUUUAAUCUUUUUUAGUUCCUCAAGUGAAGAAUUCACGCAUAAGUAGGAAAACUCAAAAACAGAUGUUUCUGUUGGUUUCCAGCGGCCAUAUUUGUGCCCCUGAAAGGGACACAAACAUGGCAUCUCCAUGCAAAGCUUUAUACAUUUGGGUAAAACGUUUUUCCGAAUAUCUCGCAUAUGAACUAUUGCAUAGACCUGAAUCUUGGCAAGGCUUUUUGUACAUUUAUCUUCUUUCAUUUCCCAGAUUCUAGACUUUCUGUAUUAAAAGGUUUUCAUAUUUGUUUCUGCUUUCUCACGUGAGUGAAAAACAAGAAUUAAUGAAAAGAAAAUGAAGUCGAUACUUGUCAUCAGGAAGCGAUUGAGAAAACGUAUGACUAAAGAUCAACAUCAAGAUGGCAAUUUUACCAUUGCCUUGAAUAACUCACAGAUUGAUAGAGUAAGAUCACGCAAAUUCCUCAGGGUAGAAAUUGAUGAUGACUUAACUUUUGAAAAUCAUUGUAAUGCUCUCACUAAAAAGGUGUCAAAAAGAAUUGACCUAUUGAAAUAUAUCAGUCCAUACUUCAAAGAGAGACCAUAAGAAAAUAUAUUACAAUGCUGUCAUCAAACCAGGUAUCCUAUAUAGUGCUAACAUUCGGACAUCAUCAUGUAAGGAAAACCUAAACAACAUUUUUAGACUACAGAAAAGAGCUGCAAGGAUCAUCUUGGACACAGAAUCACGCUCACACUCAUUGCCGUUGUUCAACACAUUAAAUUUGCUUCCUUUCUAUCAAGACAUAUAUGUCAACAGAUGCACAUUGAUUCUCAAGAGAACACUCAGUAAAACACCUGAAUACCUGAAAUCUAUGCUUCAACUAAAUUCUGAUGUCCACUCCAGCAAUACACAUUUCAGCAAACUAAACCUAUGCUGCCCCAUAUACAACAACUCUACUGAAGGGGGGCAAACGUUCUCAGUUAGAUCAGUUAAAGACUGGAAUAACUUAGAAAAAUCACUCAAAAACUCUAAGGACACAAAAAGUUUCAGAAAGAGUCUAAUACACACUCUUUUAGAAAGACAAAGAAACCAACACAUUUGGCAUGCCAGUUUAGAUUCUUUAUUAACUAAAAUAAACUAUGAUCGCUUUACUAAUUUCCUUUCAGAAUAACACUAAAUAGUAUUGUAUAUAGAGAGAUGUAUAAUCAAUAGUUAUUUUUAUAAAAAUUUACUGAGUUGGGUCAAAACUCUUUUAUGAUCUGAACAACAAAAUAUGAAAAUUAGAAAUUAAAAACAGUAAUAACUAUAAGAUAUGAAGUGAGACAGAAUGAAUUGGAGUGUAGCUGGGUACAUUGUUGCAGUUGCAUAAUUGGACACUGAGGCAACAAGAUGUUAGUGCUCAGAAAAAUUGCUUUUCACAUAUUUAUGUCAGCAAAAUUCAAAAAUUAAAAAUUAUCAAUCCCACUGAGUUUUUACUUUCCUGAGGUGUUAGAACAGCUAAAAACGUAUAUUUUUACGACUUUUCGCUUCGAAUGGGCUGUUCAUUUUGCGAUAGAGUACCCUCUAAUUUCUAACCUUUUGCAUGACACUCCUGUUGCAUGGCAGUUGAGGAGGUUAAAAAGGUUACGUAAUUUGUGUGGGAUUUUGCUAUCUAAACAGUCAUUGUAUUAUGAAAAGUGUUAAUUUAAUGUUUAUGAGCUACACGAGGUAUGAAUUCGCCCAUUAGUAGCAAAACUUCCGGCUGCCAUGUUGGUGCCCCUCUGAGGGGCACCAACACUUUCAUCAACUUUUGUAAAAUAACUGAGAUAGUAUGAUUGGCCUAGAGGCAUGUUUGCAUGACAGUAUGUAAACAUGGUUGUGACGUCAUGAUGUUUUGCUUUUCAUGCGCAAGCACGAAUUUCCUGUAUGUGCAUAGCCUGAUAUAAACACUCAAGGGGAUGGGAGAAUUCUCGACAGUUAUGGAAACCCGAGACGAAGUCGAGGGUUUUCAUAACUGUCUCGAAUUCGAGACAGUUAUGAAAACCCUCGACUUCGUCUCGGGUUUCCAUAACUGUCGAGAAUUCUCCCAUCCCCUCUCAUGUUUAUAUCAGGAUAUGCAAACACGGAAAACAUUUCCUAUUACUUAAAUCUUACAUUUUUAAAAUUGGCGUGAAAGGUCGUUUUCUACCUGUACAGUUUUGUGUGUAAUAUUAUGCUCCAUUUUAUUUCAGGAGGAGCUGAUCGAAAAUUAUGGACAAAAAAGAAACGAAAGUGCAACCCUUGAGCCA